AUGAGUGCUGCAGACCCCCCAUGGAAGCAGAGAUCUCGACCAUGUCCAUUUUAUUCGCAAGGCCGCUGCCUUUUCGCCGAUUCAUGCAACUUUCUGCACAACGUUUCCGUCAAACGGCCCGAGAGCAUUUCUCUUUCCGCCGUGGACCACACUCCCGCUUCAACCGACUCUCCCGGUUUUAUGUCUGCCAAGCGUGGGGCGGUGCGCAUCCGUUCGCCGCCACGUUCUCCGCGCAUGUCCAGCCUUCUACUUGCCCUCGGAGACGUGAUUGUGCAGGACGAGGAGGACGAUGCUGCUGAGGACCUGGUGGAUGAAACGCUCAACUCUUUGAAUUUAGAUUCUGCUGUCUCUUCUGGCGAGGAUAUUGUCGAAGUCUCUCAUACUUCCGACGAAUCUGCUAAGCUGGACGAGAUUCUUACGUCCGAAGGGUCUGCCACACUCGUUAACUCAUCUACCGACUCUUCUGCGGUAUUAACUGACCCUUUGGAGACUCUUAUUAGCGAAGAGGGGGAGGAGGACGUCGAUGAGGACGUAGAACGGACCAUUACACGCUUCUCCCGUUCUCAGCUUCCAUCUUUCACCACCGCUGAACCUGUCCCGAAGGACACCCUCAGUCUCGGUCUUCUUUCACCCAUUGAAAUCACUAGUGCACCACCCAUCUGUCUCCCGCACGACCAGUUAGUCCACCGGGAGGAUUCGAUCGACUCCGGAUACGCGGACGGCUGGAUCGGCCCGUCUCCUUUCCUCAGUUCUCCGCCUCGCAGCCCUAGACGGGUGUCCACACUGUCGCUUCUGUCCUCGCCAUUUGGUUCUCCGUCUUCGCGCAUACUGUCGUUGCAGCCUGGCACGGCACCGCCUACUACGGCGCUAUUCUCGCCUACGUUCGCAGCAUUUCCACGCACACAUUCGUCUCAUCCAUCCGACGUCAAUGAGGACGUUCCGUUCACUCAUGAAGACCAGCAAGACGAGGGCUUCGAUGAGUCCAUACCCACCGAUGGCGAGAUACCCCUUGAAAUUGAGUGCGACCCUACGUAUCCUGAGGAGACGCCGACUUUCAAUCUUUCCUCACCGGAGCAACAGCUGAGCGAUGGAGUCCUUCAUGUCAUGACAACUGAAAUCGCCCAGCCUCCACAGGCGGUGCUGUUGAGCCCGCCAGGUGACGAUUCCGUGCAAGUCCUCUAUGACGGGUACUACUCCGACAUGAUUCCGGAUCCUACAUCAUCUCGCGCGGUUCUUCAGUCGCCUCCGCGUGGCGAGACUCUGACUAAGGCCGGCCCAUCUGAUUUAUCAACGAAGGUCUUCUCCCCGGAGGUGUCGCGAGCGCCGCCGACAACUCUUGGCUCGCCCUUCUCAGCGCGAAUCUCGCGUGCCUUGGACGGAGAGACGCCUAAGUCCCUCGUUCAGCAGUGUCCUGCUGAGAGUCAUACUCAGCAUGAGAAUUUGGAAGCGGUGUGGGAGAAACGAGCAUCCACCAAAGUGCCGUUUGGCUUCCGACAUUCGAUCGCGGAACGUUCGAACACAUCGAACGACUUCUCCGUUGCGCGACCAAGGCCCACGCCAUUGGUUGGUUUUUGCCCGAAAUCUCACGACAGGCCACAACCCAGUGAUUUACAGGUUGUGUUGUCUCCUGAUCAGUGCUUUUCUUCGAGCUCCAGGAAGCUCAAGCCUUUACGGCUGUCCAUGCUUCUAAAUAGCUCCUCUUCUCUCGGAUCAUCUUUGGCGUCAUUCAGCAUUCCUCCACCUUUAACGACUGGCACCACUGCAUACUCACCAUCAUCUCCCACUGUAUCAUCAGAAUAUUCCAUAUCUAAUAAUCGUUUGCUAUCAUCUCGUCGUUCAAGUUUCAUACCACCUCGCAUCGGCAAUACCCUUCUGACCCACAAUGUCGCCCCUUCAAGUCCUGGCAAUUCUCCGCUCUCAGCCCCCGUUGAUCACCAUUCUUCGUGGAAGCGCGAUUCCCGCUUGUCCAGCAUAUCAUCCAGACGGUACUCUCAUAUGGAGAGAUAUCAUCGCUCGGAUAGCCGUCUGUCCGAACCCAGUGUCCUGUAUGAGACCGCGGAGGAGUCCGACCACAGCGAAGGGGACGAUAGAUUCGAGGACACCUUCCAGCGACCGGCAUCUUCCUUCGCUCCUGUACCAUUCUCUGCCCCUGCGCAAUCGCGUCCACAGUCCAUCCUGCGCUCGCCUGUGCACGCCAUCGCGACUCCGCGCCCUACGCUUCUCUUUGCGCUUGCUAGCGACAAUGUUGAAGAAGUACAGCGCGUGCUGGAGAGCGGGGAGGCGGGUCCGAACGAUAACGUCGGUGCGCAGUCUGCGCUUGCGUUCACGCUCACGUCGAGCCAGCUCCAGCACAAAAUGGAGAUGGUCAAGCUGUUACUGGCGUAUGGCGCUGAUCCGUCUGUGCUCAAAGGUUUUGCCUCUGCACAUGCGCAUGGGUCCUCUUCCGAGCAUGGUAGCGAAUCUUCUUCGCCUGCGCACGCUAGUGUUUUGGAUCAAUUUGACGCUGCCACAAGGUAUUAUAUCGCGCGAGCUGAAGCUCCGCAGACUCGACGCACCUCUGCAUUGAUCCACCGCUCCGCAUUUCGCCCGCUAGCAAGAGUAAGAUACGACAUGGUUGGCCAAGACCGUGCGCUUGAACAGCUCUUUCGGGUCCUCAGCAUGCCGUCUAUGGCACCCAUCGUCGUGAUGUUAUGUGGUCCGAGCGGGCAUGGGAAAAGUCUUCUCGCGCGGAAGUUCGGCUCGCUGCUUGAUGUGCCUACUCAUACCGUGAACAUGACGACGCUGCAGUCCACCCAUGAUAUAUGGCGGAGCUAUUCCAUGAGCCCGUACGAAGCUCCCUCGCCAUGCACGCUCGCGGAGUUCUUGAUCAGUAAUGAGGGCAAGCGCUGUGUUGUCGUUCUCGAUGAGAUCGAGAAGACGGAAAAUGAAAAAUUCCUAUCUUCGCUCCUGAUGCCCUGGGAGCUUGGCCGAUGUUCGUUUGAGGCAGGUCGUCGCCAUGUCGACGUCUCUCGUGUCAUUUGGUUAGGGACGUCCAACAUCGGGCACGACCUGGUCUUCGAGCAUCACGCCGACCGCGUUAACCCUGACAUUCAGCUGUCGCGGGAGGAGUACGUCGACCUCAUGGCUAUGCUGCGACCGUGCGUCUCUCAGCGCCUCGGAGCAUCGCUAUCCUCCCGAAUCACGACUGUGCUGCCUUUCAUCCCCUUCACUACUGACGAAAAGAUGGCCAUCGCAGCUGAGGCACUCUACUCGUUAGCUGGAGAGUCGGCAAGAUCUAUACCCCCUGUAACUGUGGAGAUGAUCGUUCGAAGUUCGUUAAGUACAUACAUCCCUACAGAGGGAGCCAGGUCCUUGCAUCGUGCUAUAUCGACUUUAUUGCUAGACACUAUUUAA